ACCCACGGUUGAUCGCUGACGGUGUGGCGGGUACGGGUACGGUGUGGAUUACGGACACCCGCACGUACGCUGUGCAUACCGGUUGCGGUUUACGGUGUUGGACGUGGAUCCCUGACUUGUCUGAGGGUGCGAAGGUCAAAAUCUCAUUACUCAUAAAGAACCUCCCGAGAUGUCACCAUGUGAACUUCGACCGCAGGUUCAUCGAAUAGCAAUGUCGAUCCAGAGUGAUAAUCGACGGCACCAGCUAUGCUGAUUUGCCAGUGAAAUGAUAUUCCAUGAGUAUUUGGAUACUACUCUCUCGGUUGCGACUCUACCCUACUACUCAGCCCAUUAAUGAGUUGGACGAAUACCUUCAGCAACCUCUCGAAAAAGUGGAUGACGCCUUGAAAUCCGGGUGGUCUGUGCAACAAAAGAAGUAUCCUAAUCUGUCACGGUCCCACAUGGCUUUGGAUUACCUGAGCGCUCCAGUCGAACCCAUGAACGGCCACUGUUUUCACAAGCACGACAAUUUUUACACUUCACACACAACCGGUUGUCUCCAGCUUCCAUUCGCGCGCUUUCUUAUGCCUUUUGUGUAUACCUCAAAAUACUAUAUGACCCGCGGGUCUGUGAAAAUACUGCGGUAUACCGCAAACACUGUUCAUACCCGCAGAACUGGCGGGUCGGUAUACACCCGUACCGUGUAUUUGCGGGUACGGGUGCGGUAUGGACCCGCGGGUUCACCCGUGCUCUAACAUUGUCAUUGAUUUGUUCCUACCGGUAAGUAUAAAGCCAUGUAUAACGUCGGAAAACCACCACAAUCAACGUAAAGCACCCUGGGGAGACUCUGAUGCUAAGUACCGUGAGCUGCCUGUUUGU